AGCUAUUAAAUUGAAAAAGUGCCCAUUGCACAAUCUCGUGCACACUUUUUAUGUGCGAGCUGUAUGUAGUUAGGCUUGGCAUUUUACACGAAGUCUCCUCUUAGCAAUGAAGUCGCUCAAGGACAAACUCAAAGCAGAGUGUCGAUCCGAAGAUCUUUGGAAACCACUUAACUGGUUCAAAGUUAAAUAUCUUGGCUCUCAGACUGGGAUCGAGAAAGACUUUAAAUGUGUCGAGCAAGCUGGUAGAGCAAUGUCAGAGCAAGCACUUAAAAAGAAGAAAAGACUSUCAARUCAUUUUCUUUAUGUAACAGAACAGCAAGUAUCCUUGUUUCCCGCUCGCAAAGGUGAUUGUGUUUUUGAUAUACGUGUAGAAAAACUAUCAUACAGCUUUCAUUCUGAGAAACAUYACCACGUAUUUUCAAUUGUGAAGCAUAUUUCAGCGAGUGAGGUGGAAAUUUACGUUAUUUGCUGCAAGAGCCAAGAGACAUUCAACGAUAUCAACAGAGCAUUUUAUUUUGUGUUCAAAGACCGGAGAUAUUCGCUUUAUCGUGAUAAAAGAGAGAAAGAUCGAAAAGAUCUGACAAUGAAAAUCAUGGCUAAACUGAAAACUCUCAAAGAGGAGCAAGAACGAACAAACACAUUUGCUAAGAAAGUACAAGAGAAAACGGACCAAAAUAAGAAUGUUUUGAGAAAGGAUUACUCGCCUAGUACAAAGGAUGAUCAUCUCGAUGGCAGCAAGGAAAACGUAUUAGCAAUGCCAAUAAAGCAAGUCAACUUUGAACUAGAACAAGUAAUGCCUGAAAAUGACAAUAACUUGCUAGAAUCUGCUGUAACGGAGAGCUAUUUUGAAGAUAAAGAUCAGAAAUUAUUUAUUCCCAGACAAACAGCGCUGGUUGAAAUCCACCGAGAGAACACAAAACAAGCCGAAUUUUUUCAAAAUACUGAUCUUGUCUUGGCUUGUGAUGAGAAACUAGAGUUUGAUCGUUCAACUCGGCGAUACCCGAGAAGUUCCUGGUGUUAGGAAGAGGUGUAAAUACGCUUGUAUUGUUUCUAAUAAUAGUAAGUCUAUAUAAGCCGGACCAGCAAUAAUGUUACAAACUAUUUUUAUGUGGAAUAAUGRCAUUAUCCCACCGCUGAUACCUACACGAAACACGUCGACAGAAAAAAUUGAUUAAGAACGCCUUCCUUUGUAUGGAKUUUUUGGGAAAUAUGUUUAAUAAUAUAAAAAAGCACAGAUUUGGAGUCAAACUUGUCUGGCAUGUACAUUUUUAUUGCAUUUAAUACAUUUUCACGAAGCAAGCAUCAGAAAUUAUGCUUUUAAUAGACAUAUAGAUAAAAAGCUAGAUUUAUAAGCGAACAACCUUAAAUAUAGAGGUAUCGAUUAUGAUCAUUCAGCAUUAUCACUAUUCUUAGAAUAAAGCGAUUGUAAUCCUUCACUUCCGUGCCAUUAUAUGUAAUAUUAUUAUCAAGCACUAUGCAGAUCGCAUACAUCUUUYUUUAUCUUUCGUGUUCCAACAUUCUAUUCUAAAUAAUAUCACUUAACGAUAAUUUAACUAUCACGUAAAGUAAUUGAAACAGCAUGAAAUAAUGUAAAAAGAAAAAAAAAUAGAAAUGUGAAUUAAAUACGUAUACGAUUCGCAGUUGAACGAAUGUGGUUAGGCUCAAGAACAGUCUGAAGAAGUUGUGGUUUCUAAGUUAGCCACGAAAUUCAUAAUUUACAUCAUAUUAACGGUUUCAAAACCUGAGUAUAUUUAUGUCGACUAAUAACAAAUUCAUAAGGAAUUUACAGCAAAAAUUAAACUCCCGUCAGACUGUCAUAUGCAGAUUAGACUUACAAUCGACACGACAGCCAAACUUGAUGAAAAAUGUCGAGUUUUUAUCGAUACCAAUAGGUAAUUUUAUUUGCUGUCGCUUGUAUGAAAAAAGAAGCUUGUUUUUAUUAUGGUUUAAUCGUUUUACAUUUAUUAGAUAAGAAAUUAAAUGUAGACUAUUCUCAAUGUCAAUAGUGAUCCACUUGUAUGCAGUAUUCAUCAAAACCUGAUGUCCUUACUUUCAGUGUUUCAGGACAUUGCGCCGGCAAAAUCAAAUAAAUU